AUGGCGUCGACGUUGAAAGAGAAGCCAGCUGCAUUGGACUCGGCUACAGCAGCUGAUGAAUCCCACGCGUCGAGUGCAGAGGUCGUGAUCAAUGCUUCAGGCCACGUGCAGGAGCUCGAACGCAACUUUGGGCUCCUCAGCAUCAUCGGUGUCGCAGUGGUGACCGGGAAUACGUGGGCUGCUCUUGCAGGAACCAUUACAGUGGCCAUCUACAAUGGCGGAGCGCCAGGUGUUAUCUUCGAGUUCAUUGUGGUAUCGGUCAUGUACUGGUUUAUUGGUGCUUCGAUCGCGGAGCUGUCUUCAGCCGUGCCCUCCGCAGGUGGUGUCUACCAUUGGGCGUCAUUGACCCCAGCGCCACGAUAUCAGCGCAUUUGUGGAUGGUUUGCUGGCUGGUGGAAUUUCCUCGGCUGGGUUUUCGGCGUGGCAUCCUUGUCCUCCGUGUUGGGCAACCAGCUGGUUUCGAUGUAUGGUUUGUUCCGUCCAGAGUUUGUUCCUCAAAAGUGGAAUGCCUUUGUGGCCUACAUCAUCAUGACAUGGCUUUGCUGCUUCUUCGUCCUCCUCGGAAACAAGGCCCUCCCAAUGUCGAAUAUUGUCGGCAUGGCUCUGAGUCUUGCUGGCGUCUUCAUCAGCAUCAUGGUGUGUGCUAUUAUGCCGUCCCAAACAGGAGCUGGAUAUGCCUCGUCGGACUUUGUCUGGAGUGAUUAUGAAAACGAGACGGGGAUUUCCAGCCCUGGGUUCGUCUUUUUGGCCGGCAUGCUCAACGGAGCUUUCGCCGUGGGGACGACUGAUUCCGUCACUCACAUGGCCGAGGAGAUCCCGAACCCUGGCCGCAACAUCCCUAAAGCAAUCUUCUUCCAAUGCGCGAUUGGGUUCUUCACAACACUCUGCUUUCUUAUAGCACUCUUCUACUCGGUCACCGACCUCGACGAGAUCUACGCCAGUGUUCUUCCGUUUCCCCUCGCAGAGUUCUACAGACAAGCAACCGGUAGUGCAGGGGGGGCGCUAGGUCUACUGAUUGUCAUCUUCUUACCCUGUGUCUCGUGCACAAUUGCCUGUUAUCUGACGUCUGGACGGAUCUACUGGGCCAUGGCUCGUGAUGAGGCCACGCCUUUCAGCAAUAUUUUCGGCAAGAUCAACCAUACGUGGCAUAACCCGUUCAACUCCACUGUUCUGGUUGGCGUGCUGUCGACCAUCUUGGGAUGUAUUCAAGUUGGCUCGACGACUGCCUUCAACGCCUUUGUCGGCUCCGCGGUGGUGCUGCUUACCGCGUCUUACGUCGCGGCCAUCUUGCCGCACCUGAUGACUCGUCGGUCACGACUGGUCCCCGUCAGUCAUUCUAUACAGUCAUUCGGACGAGUUGAGCUAACUAUUCAUCCCCCAGGCUGCGCGUAUAUCAUCGUGUUCAUCGUCAUCUUCUGUUAUCCGUACAGCAUGCCUGUUACAGCGCAAAACAUGAACUAUUCUUCUGUGCUUAUUGGGGGCUCAACCAUCUUCAUCGGGAUCUGGUAUGUCAUUCGUGGCAGGAGGGGGUACAGAGGACCUCAGGUAUUGGCGUCUAUGGCGUCUACUUGA